AUGAAUCCGGGAGGUGAACAAACAAUAAUAGAACAGCCUGCUCAGCAGCAGCAGCAACAGCAACAACAACAACAACAGCAACAGCAACAACAGCAGGCAGCAGUUCCUCAACAGCCGCUGGACCCUUUAACCCAAUCAACUGCGGAAACCUGGCUCUCCAUUGCUUCUUUGGCAGAAACUCUUGGCGAUGGUGACAGGGCUGCAAUGGCAUAUGAUGCCACUUUACAAUUCAACCCCUCCUCUGCGAAGGCUUUGACCUCUCUGGCUCAUCUGUACCGUUCCAGAGACAUGUUUCAAAGAGCUGCAGAAUUAUAUGAAAGGGCUCUUUUGGUAAAUCCUGAGUUAUCAGACGUGUGGGCUACUUUAGGCCAUUGUUAUCUAAUGCUGGAUGAUUUGCAAAGAGCUUACAAUGCCUACCAACAAGCGCUGUACCACCUCAGUAACCCCAACGUACCGAAAUUAUGGCACGGUAUCGGUAUUCUUUAUGACCGAUACGGUUCCUUAGACUAUGCUGAAGAAGCCUUUGCUAAAGUUUUGGAGUUAGACCCUCAUUUCGAAAAGGCUAAUGAGAUUUAUUUCAGAUUGGGUAUUAUUUACAAACAUCAGGGCAAAUGGUCUCAAGCUUUAGAAUGCUUCAGAUACAUCCUUCCUCAACCUCCUGCACCCUUGCAGGAAUGGGACAUAUGGUUCCAAUUGGGUAGUGUGUUGGAAAGUAUGGGUGAAUGGCAAGGUGCGAAAGAGGCGUACGAGCAUGUCUUGGCUCAAAAUCAACACCAUGCCAAAGUUUUACAACAAUUGGGUUGUCUUUACGGCAUGAGUAAUGUACAAUUCUACGAUCCUCAAAAGGCAUUAGACUAUCUCUUAAAGUCCUUAGAGGCUGACCCCUCUGAUGCGACUACAUGGUACCAUCUUGGUAGAGUGCAUAUGAUUAGAACAGAUUAUACUGCCGCAUAUGAUGCUUUCCAGCAAGCUGUCAAUAGAGAUUCAAGAAACCCUAUCUUUUGGUGUUCGAUCGGUGUAUUAUACUACCAAAUCUCUCAGUACAGAGACGCCUUGGACGCGUAUACAAGAGCUAUAAGAUUGAAUCCUUAUAUAAGUGAGGUUUGGUAUGAUCUUGGUACGCUCUAUGAAACUUGUAAUAAUCAACUAUCUGACGCUCUUGACGCGUAUAAGCAAGCUGCAAGAUUAGACGUAAAUAAUGUUCACAUCAGAGAAAGAUUAGAAGCUUUAACGAAACAAUUGGAAAAUCCAGGCAAUAUGAACAAAUCAAACGGUGCCCCCACAAAUGCCUCACCCGCACCACCUCCUGUGAUUUUACAGCCUACGUUGCAACCUAACGAUCAAGGUAAUCCAUUAAAUGUCAGAAUCCCAGUUCAGUCUGCUAACGCUGCUGCCUCAAUGGUACAACAACAACAACAACAACAACAACAACAACAACAACAUCCUGCCCAACAGACUCCUAUUAACUCUUCUGCAACAAUGUAUAGUAAUGGAACUUCCCCUCAACUGCAAGCUCAGGCCCAAGCACAAGCUCAGGCGCAAGCACAAGCACAAGCACAAGCGCAAGCGCAAGCACAAGCACAAGCACAAGCACAGGCACAAGCACAAGCACAAGCACAAGCACAAGCACAAGCACAGGCUCAAGCACAAGCACAAGCGCAAGCACAAGCACAAGCACAAGCACAAGCACAAGCACAAGCACAAGCACAAGCACAAGCACAAGCGCAACAACAACGACAACAACAACAACAACAACAACAACAACAACAACAACAACAACAACAACAACAACAACAACAACAACAACAACAACAACAGCAACAGCAACAACAACAAUUGCAACAACAACAACAGCAACAACAACAACAACAACAACAACAAUUGCAAGCCUUAUCAAGACAACAGCAGCAACAAAAGGGAGUCUCUGUACAAAUGUUAAAUCCCCAGCAAGGCCAACCGUACGUCACCCAACCAACUGUUAUACAAGCUCAUCAACUGCAACCAUUUUCUGCACAGACCAUGGAUCACUUGCAAAGCUCUCAACUCCCAUCUCAACAACAACAACUUCAAUCUAUCCAACAUCCACAGCAAUUGCAAGGUCAGCUUCAAGCUCAAGCUUCCCAACCUUUAAUUCAGCAUAACCUAGAACAGAACGCUUUACCUCAAAAGAGAUACAUGGGAAAUGCCAUUCACACUUUAGUGGAUGCCGCCGUAUCCAGUAGCACCCAUCCAGAAAAUAACACAAAGUCCCCUAAUCAACCAGCUCACGCCGUUCCAAACCAAGCUUCUAUGACAAUAACCGUAAACAAUGAACCGCAGCCAAAGAAGCAAAAAUUGAACUCUCCGAAUUCAAACAUAAACAGACUAGUUAAUACCGUUAAUACAAUUGAAGACAAUUCAAAGCCUGAGGUUAGCAACUCACCGCUAGCAACGGCGGAGUCUAAUUCAGGUAAUACUUCACAAGAAGAAAGGCCUGUUAAGGCAAACUCGAUACCUCCAGCAGAUCAUACGGGAGAAUCUUCAGAAGAAGCUAUCAUUAAUGAAGGAACUAUUAAAACAACUUCUGUUCCUCCUUCCAUGAUGGCGUCCAACGUGGAAGCAAAAAAAUCUGGUACACAUCAGACUUCAUCGUCAGAGAAUUCAAUAGCAAAGGCGAAUGACCAAAAUACGGCCGAGACUAUGGAGUUAUCUACUGCCACUAGCCCUACUGAGGUAAGUCCACUGGAAGGCGACGUAAAAGAACAUUCUAGAGAAGAAAACAACACUACUGGUGAAGGUGGGGCAUCAACUUCUCCUAUCAAAGAAAAGGAAUCAGCAGCUGCCGAAAAAACUGGACCACAACAGGAAGAACUUCCUGAUAGAACGAUAACAGUAAUCAAACCUACUUUGGAAACGAUGGAAACUGUGAAAGAAGAAGCCAAGAUGCGCGAGGAAGAGCAAACUGCUCAAGAAAAAUCUCCACAGGAAAGUAUACUUCCAAGAGAAAAUGUGGUAAGACAAGUGGAAGAAGAUGAAAACUAUGAUGACUAA